GACUUUCCCUCGCUCCCCUUCGGCCUUCCCCACCCUCCAGUCCGCCUCCCCUGCCCUCCGCGACAGCGCUCCCCUCACCCCCUUCCGCCGAAGCUCGCCACCCCAGAGAAAUUUCUCCCCAUCAGCCCCGCCGUCGGCUUCUUCUCCCCCGUUGCACUGGACUGGCGUGGAGUGAUUCGUUUCUUGCGGGCUCGCCUGGCAGCUGACCUUCCAAGAGGUUCCGCCGCGUUCCGCUGGGCACUGAGAGGAACCAUGCUCACCGUCAAGUCCGAACCUGCAACUGCAAUGGAUGCAGUGGGUAAGUCGAAAAUCGAGGAGCAUGAACAGAAGGUAAACAGAUACCAAGCUGAACUUGCAGCCCGCAUUAAGGCCAAAUACUUCUCUAAUAAGGCUUUUGACGGAGGAAAAAUCUUUGAAGAAGAAACUAUUGUUGAAGGUGAAACCAUCCGUUCAAGUAGGUGGCCAUGUACAAGUUCGUACGCGAACCCGGUAAAUUUUCUCCGAGAAAAGAAGAGCCAUGAGAGGAGGGAUUCUCCAUCUUCAGCAGUAGAUUCCUCUGCCAAGAACGAUUCUCCAUCUGUGGUAGCUGAAGCUUCACCAAAGAAUAAUGCAGGUGUUUUAGCAACAGAAAACAAUCUAACACCUGGCAAGAGACAGGCAUCCAAGGAGACCUGAUGGGAUAACAGCAGGCUAGUUGGUUGUUGUAUGUUCUUCUCAAGCCUGAAGACAUGCAACAACCCGAAGCAUGCAAGUUAUCAUAUAAUAAAAAUCUGUCCAGCAGAUGUAUGUCGGCGAUGCUUGAUUCAUUUCAUUGAACCAGUUUCAGCAGCAUCUGUUGUGAACAAUUUGUUGCCUUAAGUCUUCUUAAGGUAUAUGCUACCUGAGGCAUGCAGGUUAUCUUUUAAAAAUAACCUGCCCUGCAUGUUAGGCGAUGCUAGAUUCAUUUCAUCGAAUCCUUUUUCAACAGCAUUUGUUGCGAACAAUGAUUGCACUAUGCACUUUGAAUUUAAUUUUGUGAUAUCCAAAUGGGAAGCAUGCGGAUGGUGGUGA